GGGGGGUCGGGGGGCUCUGGGGGGGCAGUGCCAGGGCGCUGACCCCCCCUUGGUGCUGCCCCCUUUGCCCCCCAGCUCUCCAAGCUGUUUUUCCUGUUCCCUGACCCCCACUUCAAGCGCACCAAGCACAAGUGGAGAAUCAUCAGCCCGGCCAUGCUGGCCGAGUACGGCUACGUGCUGCGCCCCGGGGGCCUGGUGUACACGGUGACCGAUGUGCCCGAGCUGCACCAGUGGAUGCUGCAGCAUUUUGGGGAGCACCCCCUGUUCGAGCCCCUGCCCCCCGCACAGCUGGCCGCGGACCCGCUGCUGCCGCUGCUGCCGGCGGUGACCGAGGAGGGGCAGCGGGCGCGGCGGGCGGGGCCCCCCCCCCUGCACCGCCGUGUUCCGCCGCCGCCCCGACCCCCCCGCGGCUCCGUGACCCCCCCGGUGCCGCCGCCGCGUUUUCCAAUAAAGCCGCCAAACGUCCCCACGGCUGCUCGGGGCGGUCCCGGUGCCGGGAAUGGCCCCGGCCCCGAGCCUGGCGCCGGUCCUGCCUCAGUUUCCCCAUCGCAGAAAGCCCCGCGGUGGCGGUGCCGCCCCCCCCCGCACCGGGGGCUUUCCGGUGCUGCCGGCCGGGAAUUCCCGGGAAUCCGGUACCGGGGGGGGUGGGGGGGGAGCCGCGUGUGCCCCCCGGGACCGGCCGGGACCGGCCCCUCCCCCGCGGGGAGCGGCACCCCCAAAAACACCCCCGGGGGCUGCGGCCGGAGUGGGGGUCACGGGGGGGUCACCGGGAAUUUGGGGAGCCGGGGGGUCACCGGGGGGGUCACCGGGAAUUUGGGGAAGUCCCAUUAUGCAAAUCACCCAGCUGGAGGGCGUGGCUUAGGACAAAGGGGCGGGGUUUCGGCGCCAGUUUGGCAUUAUGGGGCGGGGGUCAGGGGCGUGGCUUCUGCAGAGGGGGCGGGGCCUGCCCGGCUGCACGUGGGCGCUAUAAAUCCCCGGCCCGGGGCCCCCCCGCAGUCGAGGCUCGGCCCCGAGCCCCGCCGGGUCCCCCCUGUGUCCCCCCGAGCCCCUCCGUGUCCCCCCGAGCCCCGCAGGGUCCCCUCCGUGUCCCCCCGAGCCCCGCCGUGUCCCCCCGGGUCCCCACGAGCACCCCCGAGUCCUCCCCGUGUCCCCCCCGGUGUCACCGCUGCCCCUCCCGGUGCCCCCCGAGCCCCGCUGCCUCGCCAUGGCCCCCGGCCUGCGCCUGCCCGCCCGGGCCGCCCUCCUGCCCCGCUCCCCGCCCGGGCCGGGGCUCCCCCGGGCUCCCCGGUGCCCCCCGCCGCCUCUCCGCCGCCCCGCGCCCCCCGGCCCCGGGGCCUGGCGGAGAUGCCGGGGCCGAGCUCCGCCGCCUUCAUCUUCGAGCUGCUGUGCCGGGGAGGGGUGCGGAGGCUGCACGAGAUGCAGGUGCACGGCCGCUCCCGGUUCGGCCCGGUGUGGCGGGCCCGCUUCGGCCCGGUGCUCACGGUUCACGUGGCCGAGCCCGCGCUCGUGGCCCAGGUGCUGCGGCAGGAGGGCCCCGAGCCCCGGCGCGCCCUCAGCUGCCCCUGGAAGCAGCACCGGGAGCUGCGGGGGGUCCCGGGGGGGCUCCUGACCCUGGAGGGCGAGGCGUGGCGGGGGGUCGCGGCGGGUGCUGGCCCGGGGGCUGCUGCGCCCGGGGGCCGCCGAGGCCUUCGCGGCGCCGCUGGGCGCGGCCGUGGCCGAGCUGGUGGCGCGGCUGCAGCGGCUGCGGCGGCGGCACCCGCGGGGCAUCGUCCGCGACAUCGGCACCGAGUUCAACCGCUUCGGCCUCGAGGGUCUCCAGGGCACCUUCUGUCCCCAGUGCCCCCCUGUCCCCAGUGUCCCUGUAUCUCCAUUGUCCUCAUGUCCCCAUGUCCCAGUGUCCCCAUGUGCCCAUGGGCCCCAUGUCCCCAUCCCCCGUGUCUCUGGGUGUCCAGUGUCCCCAGUGUCCCAUGUCCCCCUGUCCCAAUGUCCCCAUCCAUCUCCUGGGUGCUGUUCUCCUCCCGCCUGGGCUGCCUGGGGGACGCUGGGGACACCGGGGACACCGAGGCCGUGCUCCGGAGCGUGGGGGCGGUGCUGGCGCUGACGCUGGUGACAAUGGCGCUGCCACGUCCCCUCCUGCGCCUCGUCCCCGCGCCCUGGGACGCCUUCUGCCACGCCUGGGACCAGCUCUUCGCCUUCGCCAAGGGACACGUGGACCGGCGCGUGGCCGAGGUGGCAGCGCGGGGCCCGCUGGCCGAGGGGGGACACGUGGUCACCGACCUGCUGGCCCGGGAGCGCGUCCCUGUCGCCAGCAUCUACGGGAACGUCACCGAGCUGCUGCUGGCCGGGGUGGACACGGUGGCCAGCACGCUGGCCUGGAGCCUGUACGAGCUGGCACGGAACCCGGGGGCACAGGCGGCCCUGCACCGCCAGCUGGUGGCUGCCACCGGCGGGGUCACCGGCGGUGACAGUGCCACCGCCGACGGUGCCACCGCCGCUGCCACCGCCGCCGCGCUGGGACGGCUGCCACUGCUGCGGGCUGUGGUGAAGGAGACCCUGAGGCUGUACCCCGUCAUCCCGGCCAACGCCCGCGUCGUCCCCGAGUGCGACAUCCGCGUCGGCGACUACCUGGUGCCACGCCAGACCCUCAUCACCCUGUGCCAUUACGCCACGUCCCGCGACAGCCGCUUCUUCCCGGCGCCCGACGCCUUCCGCCCAGAGCGCUGGCUGCGCCACAGGGACACCAGGCACCCCUUUGCCUCUCUGCCCUUCGGCCUCGGCCCGCGCAGCUGCGUCGGGCGCCGCCUGGCCGAGCUGCAGCUGCACAUGGCGCUGGCACAGAUCCUGCUGCGCUUCGAGGUGCGGCCGGAGCCCGGCGGGGGCCGCGUGCGCCCCAUGACCCGCACCCUGCUGGCCCCUGGUGCCCCCAUCAGCCUGCGCUUCCUGGAGCGGUGACAGCGGGGACACCGGGGACACCAGAGAUUCCAGAGACAUGGGGACACCGGGGACACCAGGGACUCUGGAGGCAUGGGGACACCGGGGACACCAGAGGUGCUGGAGUUACAUGGGGACACCAGCGACAACAGAGACUCUGGAGACAAGGAGACACUGGGGACACCAGGAACAUCAGGGACACUGGGGACACUCAGGACACUGGGGACAUCAGAGACUCUGGAGAGAUGGGGACACCCGGGACACUGAGGACACUGAGGACAUCAAAGGCUCUGGAGACAUGGGGACACUGGGGACACCCAGGACACUGGGGACACCAGGGACACCAGAGUCUCUGAAGACAUGGGGACAUCAGGGACACCAGGAACACCAGAGAUGCUGGGGAGACAAGGGGACACUGGUGACACUGGUGACAGUGCAGAGACCUUGACCCCAGUGGUGACUUCACCACCGGUAAUGGCACUGACCACAGAGGUGGCCUUGACACCGCAGUGUCCCCAGUGUCAUCGCGGCCCUGGACCCCGUGGUGGCCCUGACCCUGUGGGUGACUCCAGCACUGUGGUGACCCCGGCCCAGAGGUGGCCCUGACCCCUCGGUGACAUUGGCUGUGGUGGCAGGAGCCCCCUCCCCAUGGCGCUCCUGGUUCCAGCAGUGUCACACGCCCUGUGCUGGCCUUGUCCCCAGGGUGUCCCCAACCCCGUGGGAACCUCAGCCUUGGUGGUGGCCCUGUCCCCAGGGUGUCCCCAACCCCGUGGGAACCUCAGCCUCGGUGGUGGCCUUGUCCCCAGGGUGUCCCCAACCCCAUGGGAGCCUCAGCCCCGGUGGUGGCCGUGACUCCCUGGUGGUGGCCUUGUCCCCAGGGUGUCCCCAACCCCAUGGGAGCCUCAGCCCCGGUGGUGGCCGUGACUCCCUGGGGGUGGCCUUGUCCCCACGGUGUCCCCCGGGGGGGUUGGGGUUUAUUUAUUGGCCAAUAAAGCAAUUUUGGGAUCUCCCCUCCCC